CUGACAGACAGGGCUCUCUAAAACCAGCUUUCAGAUCUAUCUUUUCUCCAAGGAGUUCUAAAACGAACAGGAAGAUAAGAAGGCAAACGAGAGGAGAUCUGCUUCGAAGAAAGAAGAUGGACAACAUGUCUCCCAGGCUGAAAGCCUUUCUCUCUGAACCCAUUGGGGAAAAGGAUGUGGCCUGGGUGGAUGGCAUCAGCUGUGAGCUUGCCAUCAACUUGGUCACCAAAGGUUUCAACAAGGCCUAUGUCCUGCUGGGACAGUUCCUUUUGAUGCACAAGAAUGAAGCAGAGUUCCAGAGGUGGAUCAUCUGCUGUUGUGGCGCUACGGAGUGCGAGGCCCGCCAGAGCUCCACCUGCUUGAAGGAGUGGUGUGCCUGUUUCCUGUAGAUACCCCCGACCUGGCUGCUCUACCCCCGAUAAAGGAUACACCCAUGCUACCUA